AUGUCAAUGAGCCUCGUGCAUUGCCUUAGCGAUAGUGUAAGCAGCUCUGGCUCUUUCAGCAGAACCUUCUCCCGUCCCUUCUCUAUCUCUACCUCCAACUUCUCCGCCUCCAUCACCUCUACGAAGCGACCGCAGCGUCGUUCGACGUCCAAAUCCUGGCUCGAAGACCUCUCUCCUCGAUUCUUCACGGACACCCCUAUCUAUCCCGACGUCCUUCGGAUCAAACCACUUACUUCCAAUGGCGCCCCUCCUCAAGACCUCUCGUCCCUUCGCCCGCCUCCCUUACCGUUCAUCCCCCCGCCUCAAUCAAACAGGAACGGCCGCAUCACUCUGCUUCAGCGGCUUAGGUACUGGUGGCGGAGAGCCGCCGUCAUGAGAAAAUUCUACAAGCAGCGCAUAGCCCAGACCAGGCAAAAUCGGAAGGAAUGCGCUCUCCUCUCCAAACGUCUCCCUCGCAUGUUUGUCGAGCAUCCAGACCGGGCUGCCAUUUACGGCGGUUCCACCUUCACAGUUAAUGACAAGUCCUUCCCGAUUCCCCGAAUCUCCCGCCGUGAGUUCCAGCUCCUGGUCCAAUAUGGGUAUGAUAACUGGGGCUUUGCAUUGGCCGUACGAGCUCUUCCAACUUCCGAGAAACCUGAGGAGGACCGAAACAGACAACUCAAGGCAUUGUGCAAUCGCUAUGACUGGUUUGCCCGCAAUCGAAACGAUAAAUUGGACAAUGUGACCGACAACUCCAACUUGAGCCAUACUGCGCAGGCUGAGGAGGUCUUCACACUUUUGCAAAGGCGGCUCUUGAGAUGGCACUAUGUUGUCGUCGAUGACGCUUUAUGCAAGCUCAUCCCAUGGGUCCCCUUCGCUUGGACGGUAUAUGCAGCUCGCUUCUUUGACCGUUGGUGCGCCGAUUACUAUCGCAUAAUCACCGCCGACACGGUGCUUAUCAUGCGUCAAGGCGGAUUCAAUACACUCUCCGCCGACGACAUCUACGACUAUUGUGUGAAAUGCGCUUCUCCGACUUUCAUCAGCUACGCGAAACAAGCUUUACAGGACGGUGUCAAUCCUGCCAACGAGGCCAUGAGAAAAGCUAUGAUACCCGUUCUCGACGCCCGCGCAAAAAGAAUGUUGUCCAUUGACUGGACUAGACUAAAGCCACACGCGCUCGGUCGGAUUGAGCCAUUCAGUCGAGUGAAAGACCUUAAGCAGCCUGACUCGGUGUGGGGAAGGAAAUGA